AGGGCUGCUGUGUGUCCUGCUGAGUCUCUCCAGAGCUGGAGCCUGGGACUUUCAGCCCUGUGCCCCCUGGUGCCCUCUCAACUCGGAAUGUGUCAACGCCACCGCCUGUCGCUGCAAGCCGGGGUUUGCCUCUUCAUCUACAGAGAUCUUCACUGACCCCCUGGAGAUCUGUGAAGAUGUGGACGAGUGCAGCUCCGGGCAGCAUAAGUGCCACCACUCCACCACCUGCACCAACACCUGGGGGUGGUACUGGUGCUACUGCCUCCCAGGCUGGGAGCCAAUUCCUGGGAGCAUCAAUGGCAUGUACAACAACAUCUGCAAAGAGUCUCUCCCGCUUCAUUGACAGAGUCAACAAUCUGCAAAAGAAUUUAAAGUCAGCCAUGGCCAAGGACACCAUCCAGGGGAUCAUGCAGGAGGUGGAUGAGCUGCUGGAGACCCCUGGGGACCUGGAGAACCUGCCCCCCUCACAGAAGCACUGCAUGGCCACUCACCUGCUGACAGGCCUGGAGAGUGCCCUGAGACACCUGAGCAGGGGUCUGCCUGAGGGGACAGCAACCUUCAAUUAUUCUGCAGGCACACAACUGUCCAUAAAGGUGCAGAAGCGAGGAGAUGGCAAUGUCACCUUGAGUCUGAACCAGGCAAACAUGCAGCUGAACUGGAAUCUGGCACAGAAAUCUGCUCACAGAGGCCCUUCUGUGGUGGGCUUGGUCUCCACCCCAGGGAUGGACAAGCUGCUGGCUGAGGCUCCCCUGGUCCUGGAGCCUGAGAAGCACGUGGCUCUCCAUGGGACACCCAAGGACUCGCUGCUGAGGGUCUCACAUGUCCUGCUCUCGGAUGUCAUCUCAGCCUUUUUGAGAAGCAAAAACACCCAGAACCUCAGAUCUCCAGUUACCUUCACCUUCUCCCAUCCUCUGGUGUCCUCUGAGCCAAAGCGUGAAGUGCUCUGUGUCUUUUGGGACCAUGGCCAGAAUGGAUGUGGUCACUGGGCCACUGCAGGCUGCAAGACAUUGGGCACCAGAGACGGCAGCACCACCUGCCACUGUACCCGCCUCAGCAGCCAUGCAAUCCUCAUGGCCAGCUACGAUGUGCAGACUGAUUAGAAAGACUGUCUGAGCUACAGCCUCCUUCCCCAUGGACAAUCUGAACCGCCACUGGGUCACUUUUUAGCCAUUAGGACAGGACAAAGACUCUGUGCUGUGUGUUUCAAGAAAUCCAUGGUGUUGGCCAUGUGAAGGGAUUCUUGGAGGACAUGAUCGAAAGAAAUUCAACUCCUGGAGAACCUGAAAUGUGUCCAUGCCCCACCUGGUGCUGAGCAAACUUAACAUCCAGAUACCAUCUGCAGCCCAAUUCCUCAGUUUCUCUGUUAAACAUUCUUCUACUGCCCCCCCACUUCCUAUGAGGCCUCUUCCAUGCAAAAAUUCUAGAAGCAAGAAAACCAGCCUCCCAGGAUGCUCACAUCCACAACAUUUAAAAGGAUUUGAAUGUGCUCUAAACUCUUUAACAAAAAAAGAAGA